AUCACCAAAAAAACUUACCCAGAGAGCCUACUGCAAAGGCAAAACUUGAAACGCAUAUCCUCAGAAAGCUACUUGCCUAAUAUGGAUAUCCCUAGUGGAACGCAUAGGCAAAACCUUGCAAGCAAAAUAGCAACAUUAGCCUAUUCAGAGGCAAAGAAAAAAGCAAAACCAAAAGUCUUCACCUCCAAACGGAACAUCUGCCUACUCAGAGGCAUUACCAAAAACUCAAUGGAUAUCCGCCUACUCAAGAGGCGUCACCAAGAUCAACAAAUCCCUAGAGGAUUCCUGCCUACCUAA